AUGCUUGUCACUAAACAGUUGAGUCUAGGUCGCUCCCACAGUUGGGACACAUUAGGGGGGAAUGAGGGUCAGUGGGACGGAGCUGAGAGUGUGUACGAGCAGCAGGGAAGAGUAGCGGGCCGACGGAGCUCUCUAUCAUACGGAGAGGGAGGAGGGUGGUACGAGCCUCCACCAGGGGUGCGUCCCCCUGACCUGGAUUUGAAACGGGACCCGUAUUCCCACCAAGACUCUCUCUACGGACAGGUUUACGCAGAGCGAAACGACCCACGCGGGCUAAGGAAGGGCUCAGUGCCAGAUCUAAACCACUACGAACGAGCAUCCAUGGCUCACAGAGGAUCCAUUCCACAUCAGGAUUAUUAUUCCCAUGACCCAGCCAUGACUCCUCGACCACCUGAGGGCUUUUACCGGCCAGAACACCAGGCUGCGCCACAUCACCCUCAUCCACUCAGUAGGUCAGCCUCUCAUUUUGGGAUGGCACCUGGGGCUCGGGCUGCAUGGGAGCAAGGUCAAGGAGGGAGACCUCAAGCACCUUCAUCUCCUCUACCUCCUCCUCCACCUCCUCCAACUGCUCAUGAGUUGAGUCGGGCUUAUAGGGAACCUGGUGCUGUAACUACUGCCAAGAUGAUGCAAGAUGGCCAACAACGCAUACCAUCCCGAGACCCAUCCCCUGCUCACUAUGGCAUGGAGCAUGCAUCUCCUCGGUAUGCCAGUGAGCCUUCACCUCUAACUGGUCAGUCGGUCUAUUCUGAUGUUAAUGGUCGCCCAUUGGAUCCACAGCAUGGUGCUACCUGCCUAGUGGUUGAUCCUGCUAGUCAGGGUAUGAUUACAAGGCAAGAGACGGCCUCACCCUACACCAUCCAACAACAGCAGCAAUUACAACAACAGCAACAGUUGCAACAGCAGCAACUUCAGCAGCAACAAAUACAACAGCAGCACUUGCAGCAACAGCAGCUUCAGCAACAACAAAUACAGCAGCAACAGUUACAACAACAACAAUUACAACAGCAACAACUUCAACAGCACCAACUUCAGCAGGAGCAGCUGCAGCAACAUCUGCAACAGCAGCAGUCUCUGCCGCCUCCACCCACAAUGCCUGUCUCUGACCCAACCCUUACUAUGUUGGCUCCACUUGCUCCUCCACCUGUCCCAGUGCAGACUUCAGCAGUUGCCCCCAUUGCACCUGCCCCUGUACAGGCAUCCCCAGCUCCGGCACCUCCCCCAGUCUCUCCAGUUCCUGCCCCUCUUCCUGCUCUCCCCCCUCCUGCCCCACAGACACCUUUACCUAUGGACCCUAAGAAGACAGUUGAUCCAGAGUUCCUUGCUCUGCUGCGAAAUGAGGGCCUCUCAGAGAGCACUAUUUCCUCACUUAUCCAGCAGGGUUUUGACUCCACCAGCAUGCUGGCUGUCAUGGAGGAGAAUGAUGUUCGCACUGUUGCGCCAAACCUUGGCCAGGCUCGUGUACUGUCUCGCUUGGUCCACAACUGUAAGCGGCCAGUUGAGGCUCACCUACCCCCUUCCCAGCCUCAGACACCCAUGCGAGGCCGGUCUAAUAGUUUUAGCCAUCGUUCUGAUAUUUACCAUCAGCAGCACCACCACAAUCAACAACACCCACCACAGGCUUUGACUGUGGACCCCCAACUGAUGCCUCCACAGACCCCUGGGGUUAUGGGUAGGAGGCCAAACAGUGCCCCCUCUCAGCACCUCCUGGAAGCCUCUGGCUACCCAGGCCAACCACCUCGCUCUCCAGGGCCAUACGCAGGAGCCAUGAUGCCUGUUCACUCAAGACCCAUGUCUGCUUACUCGUCUGGGAUGACAAUGCCAGGGAUGACUGUUCAUGGUAUGCAAAUGAUGCCACAUCAGAUGACUGGGUCAAUGCCUGUCCUACCAGGGUCUAUCCAUGGUCACUCCAUGUCAGGUAUGCCACAGCAGAUGCCUGUGUCCAUGCCAGCUUUACCACAGCCACCACAACAGGUACCGAAAGCAUACUCUACCAAUUACACAGUGCCCAUGGAGCUGAUGAAGAGGGACAGGAACAUACUGCCAUUGUCACCCAUGCACAGCCCUCACCCCAGUCCUCAGCUGAUGCGUAAGGGUGGGGGACCUGCACCAGACAAUUCACUUGUCCCUAUGGGAGCACCUGUUCAAGGCCAAGGUGCUCUGGUUGCAAACCAGAAGCUAAGUCGACGCACAGGUCCACCAGUCAUCGUGUCCACUAUGGCGUCUCCAGAUACAAGUAUUCGGCCCCAGAUUAUGAAUGGGCCUAUGCACCCGCGCCCCCUGGUGGCGCUGCUGGAUGGGCGCGACUGCACCGUGGAGAUGCCCAUCCUCAAAGAUCUGGCUACUGUGGCUUUCUGUGAUGCCCAGUCCACACAGGAGAUACACGAGAAGGUUCUGAAUGAAGCAGUAGGGGCCAUGAUGUACCACACCAUCACCCUGACCAGAGAGGACCUGGAGAAGUUCAAGGCGCUCCGCAUCAUCAUCCGCAUCGGCAGUGGCUACGACAAUAUCGACAUCAAGGCUGCCGGGGAGCUCGGCAUAGCGGUGUGUAAUAUACCCUCAGCGGCUGUAGAGGAAACGGCAGACUCAACACUUUGUCAUAUUCUCAACCUUUACCGGCGAAACACCUGGCUCUACCAGGCCCUCCGGGAGGGCACGCGGGUCCAGAGUGUGGAGCAGAUCCGGGAGGUGGCGUCAGGGGCAGCCAGGAUGCGAGGAGAGACGCUCGGCCUCAUAGGAUUUGGUCGCUCAGGCCAGGCGGUGGCGAUGCGGGCCAAGCCGUUUGGCUUCAACACGAUCUUCUACGACCCCUACCUCCAGGACGGCUUGGAGCGCUCGUUAGGCGUUCAGCGAGUCUACACACUCCAGGACCUGCUCUACCAGAGCGACUGCGUGUCCCUGCACUGCAACCUGAACGAACACAACCACCACCUCAUCAACGACUUCACCAUCAAACAGAUGCGUCAAGGUGCUUUCCUGGUCAACGCGGCACGGGGGGGUCUGGUGGAUGAGAAAGCUUUGGCUCAGGCCCUGAAAGAAGGAAGGAUACGGGGAGCUGCCUUGGACGUCCACGAGUCUGAGCCUUUCAGUUUUUCUCAAGGUCCUCUGAAAGACGCCCCCAACUUGAUCUGCACACCCCACACCGCCUGGUACAGUGAGCAGGCGUCGCUGGAAAUGCGAGAAGCUGCCGCCACAGAAAUACGCAGAGCCAUCACCGGCCGUAUUCCUGAUAGUCUCCGAAACUGCGUCAACAAAGAGUUCUUUGUCACCACAGCGCCCUGGGGAAUGAUGGAGCAGCAGCAGCCUCAAGUUCACCCUGAGAUCAAUGGUGCCGCCUACAGGUUCCCUCCUGGUGUGGUGGGCGUUGCCCCCGGUGGGAUUCCUGGGCCUAUGGAGGGGUUGGUGCCCGGGGGAGUGCCCAUCGCCCACACCCUGCCCCCUGGUACCCAUCCGUCACAGGCCACCUCCCCCAACCAACCCUCCAAACAUGGCGACCCCAUGAGAGAGCACAUGACUGAGCCGUAGGACUGCUGCUGUAGCCGAGCAGGGGGCUAAAACCGACAUUAAAAACUAUGAAACCCAGCAACUCAACCAUCUGACUCUACACUUGACUUCAGCCGUCUGAACCUACCAGCAGACUUGCCC